CUUCUGGAACACACACACACACAUGAACACGCACGCACGGACGCAGAAGUUGACGCCACUUGGGGUUUUUGGUCAGAGGAGAACUCCAUGUGAAACUGAUGUGACGCGUUAUUGUGGAUUUACGCAGACUGUGCAUGUUGAAUGAACUUCCGAUACUUCCUUUGGCUGCAGAAAACUCCGGGACUUCUUCUCAUGUUAUGAACACAGAGGGUUUAGUGACCUUCUCUUGAAGUGUCUGUUUCUCGACGUCAGUCUGGGAGGAAGAAAAAAAAGGAACAGGAAGGCUGGAAAACAAGAACGAAGAUCACAUCAGAAGAACUAACAACACUGGUGUGAAGGAAACAGCAUGCACAGUAUAGGGAGGGAGGGUUGAAGGAUCUUCAGCCCUUCAACUCAGACUGUCCUCACCCUUGAGCCUGGAGCUCCGUGGCCCAGCAAUGAGUGCCAUUGUGUGCUUUCAGUCCCACACCACACCCGCUGUUAAACAGUCGGCAUGGAUAGCGGCGCAAUUGCCUUCUACAUAAGCCUGGAGCUGCUGAUUGCUGCACUGGCUGUGGCUGGAAAUGUGCUGGUGUGCUGGGCUGUUAGCCUGAACAGCAAUCUCCAGAGCAUCACCAACUACUUCGUGGUGUCCCUGGCAGCGGCCGACGUGGCUGUGGGCCUCCUUGCCAUCCCCUUCGCCAUUGUUAUCAGCACAGGCUUUUGCAGUCACUUCCAUGGCUGCCUGUUCAUUGCCUGCUUCGUCCUGGUGCUCACGCAGAGUUCCAUCUUCAGCUUGCUGGCCAUCGCCGUCGACCGCUACAUCGCCAUCAAGAUCCCGCUCAGAUACAACAGCCUGGUGACGAAUCAGAGAGCUAAAGGCAUCAUCUGUCUGUGCUGGAUCUUGUCUGUGGUCAUUGGUCUGACGCCGAUGCUCGGCUGGCACAUGCCCAGCACCAACGUCACCAACAGCACGUGUCCCCUGGGCAUGACCGAGUGUCUGUUUGAGAGAGUGGUCUCUAUGGACUACAUGGUUUACUUCAACUUCUUUGUCUGUGUUCUCAUACCAUUGGUGGUCAUGUUGGUCAUCUACGCCCGGAUCUUCAUGGCGGCUCGUCGGCAGCUCAGGCAGAUGGAGCACAAAUCAUCAUACAGCCACAGUGAGGGAGCGUCCUCGUCCUCAUCGUCUCGCUCGGUGCUGCAGAAGGAGGUCCAUGCUGCAAAGUCUCUCGCCAUCAUUGUGGGACUAUUCGCUGUCUGCUGGCUUCCUCUGCACAUCAUCAACUGCUUCACGUUGUUCUGCCCUCAAUGCCCACGCCCGCCACUCUGGAUCAUGUACCUCGCCAUUAUUCUCUCACACGCAAACUCCGUAGUGAACCCCUUCAUUUAUGCCUACCGCAUCCGAGACUUCAGAUUGACGUUUCGCAAGAUUAUUCGUCAGUAUUUCCUCAGGCGGCAUGACAGCCUGACCAAGAGCAACACCUCCACCAGGAUUAGUGUCAUUGAGUCAUCCUUUAUCAACAUGACUAAUGGCAAAGUGCCAGAUCGCAGUCCUGGGAAAAGUCUUAAAGUUGUAAAGGAAAUCCAUUGCACAGAUAGAGACUCAAAUUCCAGUCAAAAUGAUAAAAAUCCAGACGGCAGCAUUUCUGACCCACUUCCUGAUCAGAUUAGCAACGAAAUUCCUUCCGAAAUCAUGCUGGUGAAGGACUGCUGUGUUAUCACUAAUGUCAGUCUGAGCUCCAUAUCCUCAAGGACUAAACAUGUGGUGGAGCUCACAGAGGUCUCAUGAAGCAUGACAUUAGCCAAGUUCAAACAAACAUAUAGCUUUGUGUGAUCUGUACAUUUGAGGCCUGAUUCUCGCUACUGUCUGGAGCCAGAUCAGCCUCAGGAUAUGUGUACCAACAUUCGUGUGGGAACAUGGCUAUUAAAAUGUGACACAUCUCACAUGUCUGGUUUAUCGGAUGGAUUUCCCACAUGUCUCGUAAUUACAGUGCUUUUGAAGUUUUCAGUUCUCCAACAGAAACCAUGCUUCAAUGAAUCUGUACAGAAAGGUCCACAUUUAUUGUCAAACAUAAAGUCUAUUUUUUCCCCCCAUGAUGUUUCUAAUAGUUUGGGAGUUUUAGACGCACAUUCAUGUAUGCUAUGGAUGGUGAUUUUGGUACUAUAACAAGAGGGGAAGAAUUCCACAAACAUGUGCUGGCCUUGAAGAGCCAUGAAAAUCUUCAUACUAGCAAGUGAACAAGUGACAAACUUAGUGCUAGUGAUUCCACUGUCCUGUCCUGUGAUGUGUGGUUCGAUGUUUCUUCACUUCCUCCCCCUUUACCACUUUAGUUCCUUUCUACACUUAGUUCCCAUUUACUGUAUGACUUGCAAAAAAAGUAAAGAAAACCUUCUUAUGUUGUCAUUAACAACUUCGCAUUAAAUGUGUAUAGCGAUGUUAUGAGCAACUCUACAGCUUGAGUGGAAGUAGCGUUGUCGGUACCUCUGGCAAGAGAAGUGUCAAUGAAUGCAAAUCAAACAAACCACCAUAACAUAUCAAAUGAGACCUAAAUACCAGCGACAAGCUACAACGGACACAAGUGACUUGUCACCUGCUAGUGUGUUUAAGUAAGACUUGACAAAUGUUAGCAAGUAGACGCGGAUUGUACAAAAUGUGGUGUUGCGUGAACUCAAGAAAGAAAAGGAAAGGAUUUAUAGGAAGUUAAGUGGAGCAUGAGCUGAGGUAUUUCUCUCAAACUUCAUAGCUCCAUUUUGUGCCAGUGUGCAUGGGGUAUCACCGGUUUUGGAGUUGUUGUGAGGUAUAAACAGUGAAGCUGAAUUCACAAAGAAAUCCAGGAAGUGUUGUUAUUAAUUUAGGAAACAAUGAGGACAUUGUGGCAUGUAAAAUGACACUCUGUUGACCCUCAGUACAAUGGCCAGUAUAACGAAUGAUAGAUAGAUAGAUAGAUAGAUAGAUAGAUAGAUAGAUAGAUAGAUAGA